AUGCUCUACAAAAUCCACUCCCAUGCCGAAAUCCAAGCCCUGCAGGCCCGCACCGAUGAGCUGGGCCACUCCAAUGAGCACAUGGAUGUGAAGCUUGUCUCUCUGGAGUCGGUGCGCAUAGCGCGCGAGUCGUAUGCACUCCUCCGCCCGCUGAUCAUGGAGUCGAGGUCCUGGGAAUGCCCGGAGCUGGAUUCCCUCUCGGACGUGGCAGGCUUGUCGCUGGAAAUCCAAAAGCUCGAGCAUGAUGUGUUACCCCAGCUCACGCUUCAGGAGGCUAAGCUGGAAAGGGGCGCCCUGGAAGCCCUCCUACUCAUGAAGAACUCAGCUGUUGCGCUCUUACAUUUGAGGAAGUGCUUUAAGGAAGACUUGGGCGUAUUGCUUGCCAAGGAGGAUCUGGUCUCAGCCAAAGUCAAAAGGCUGAGCAAAAUGCUAAAGUAUAUUGCUGUCCGGUUGCUUCAGGAGCGUGAAUGCAACAUUGUCGGGCUUCAGGAGCGUGUCCGGUUGCUGGUCCAGCUGGUCACCGAGGUGUUGAACACCCCGGUUCGUCUUCUGAUGAGUAGACUUAUCAGCCAGCUCGAGACUGUUGUGAUGAGUGUUUCUUAG